AUGGAGCGGCGGAAGAUGCUCGCGGACCUCCUCCGUGCGAGCGCGAGGAGCGCGGCCAUCCGCGGCGGCGUGCAGCUCCACGGCGCGCUUAUCAAGCUCGGCUUCGGCUCGGACACCAUGCUGAGCAACAACCUGGUCGACAUGUACGCCAAGUGCGGUAAGCUCGACAUGGCCUGCGAGGUGUUCGACCGCAUGCCCGAAAGGAACGUGGUGUCCUGGACGGCCCUCAUGGUGGGCUUCCUGCAGAAUGGGGACGCCAUGGAGUGCCUCAGGCUGUUCAGGGCGAUGUGGCGCCUCUCGGAGGACGCGCCAAACGAGUUCACGCUCUCGGCGACCUUGAAGGCGUGCGGUGUGGUCGGUGACACCGGCGCCGGCGUUUGCGUGCACGGAGGAUGCGUCAGGAUGGGGUUUGAGGGGCACGGCGUCAUCGCCAACUCGCUGGUGCUUCUGUACUCCAAGGGCGGAAGGGUCGGUGACGCGCGACGGGUGUUUGAUGGUGUGGCGUCCAGGAACCUCGUGGCCUGGAACGCCAUGAUCUCCGGCUACGCGCACGCCGGACAUGGCAGGGACGCGCUGCUCGUCUUCCGGGAGAUGCAGCGGCGGCAAGACGAGGAGGAUGGUCAGCCCGACAAGUUCACCUUUGCCAGCUUGCUGAAAGCCUGCAGCACCCUUGGCGCCGCUCGCGAGGGCGCGCAGGUUCAUGCGGCGAUGGCGAUCCGAGGGGUCUCCACAGCAUCCAACGCCAUCCUCGCCGGCGCGCUCCUCGACGUGUACGUCAAGUGCCAGUGCCUGCCUGCGGCGAUGCAGAUGUUUGAUCGACUGGGAAAGAAGAAUGCCAUCCAGUGGACGACGGUGAUCAUUGGGCAUGCGCAGGAGGGGCAGGUGAAGGAAGCGUUGGAGCUGUUUGGGAGGUUCUGGAGCUCCGGCGUCCGAGCCGAUGGGCAUAUCAUGUCCAGUGUCGUUGGCGUAUUUGCGGAUUUUGCUCUCGUGGAGCAAGGGAGGCAAGUGCACUGCUACACGGUCAAGGACCCGACCGGGCAGGAUGUGUCGGUGGCUAACUCCCUGGUCGAUAUGUACCUCAAGUGCGGGCUGAGCGACGAGGCAGAGCGGCGGUUCAGGGAGACGGUAGCAAGGAAUGUUGUCUCAUGGACCACAAUGAUCAAUGGCCUCGGGAAGCAUGGCCAUGGUCGUGAAGCCAUCGACAUGUUUGAGGAAAUGAGAGCUGAAUGGGUUGAGCCCGACGAGGUGGCCUACCUCGCCCUCCUGUCCGCGUGCAGCCACUCUGGCCUUGUUGAAGAAUGCCGCCAGUACUUCUCGAUAAUCCGUCAAGACCGGCGGCUGAGACUGAGAGCAGAACACUACGCAUGCAUGGUCGAUCUGCUUGGCCGUGCUGGAGAGCUUGGCGAGGCCAAGGACCUCAUCGCGACAAUGCCGAUGGCGCCAACCGUUGGUGUGUGGCAAACGCUGCUCGGGGCCUGUAGGGUGCACAAGAACGUCGCCGUGGGCAGGGAGGUGGGCGACACCCUCCUGGCCAUGGAUGGCGACAACCCGGCAAACUACGUGAUGUUGUCGAACAUUUUCGCGGAGGCCAGGGAGUGGCGCGAGUGCCAGCGGGUGCGCGAAACCAUGCGGCGCCGGGGCCUCAAGAAGCAGGGCGGGUGCAGCUGGGUGGAGGUCGGCAAAGAGGCACACUUCUUUUAUGGUGGCGGCGAUGACAUGCACCCACGCAUCACAGACCUCCGCCUCAUGCUUUGCGACGUGGAGAGGAAGAUGAUGGAACAGCUCGGGUACAUCCCUGGUGCCAUCACCGGCGAUGGCACGCAGCUGCAUGACGUUGACGAGGAGUCGCGCGCCGAGAGCCUGAGGGCGCACAGCGAGAGGCUGGCCGUGGGGCUGUGGCUGCUGCACCACCAUGAGCAUGAUCAUGGCGAGGUGGAGGGCAAGGAGGAGGUGAUCAGGGUGUACAAGAACCUGCGGGUGUGCAGCGACUGCCAUGAGUUCUUCAAGGGGCUGUCGAGCGUGGUGGGGAGGACGCUGGUAGUUAGAGAUGCUAACAGGUUCCACAGGUUCCAGGAUGGUGCCUGCUCUUGUAAAGACUACUGGUGACUUGGCUAACUGAACUUGCUAUGUUGGGAUCAAAUCGCCUCCUGUUACUGUCUUAAUCCUCAUACCUGCAGUACAAUUCUCAGAGGCACAAAGCAAUUCUUGUUUCAGAAUAUGCUGAAUUUCUGGGGCUCGAGGUAAUUGACUCCACUUUGGCUAUGAAGAUGGUAAAUUCGUGGCAAUGUUGGCCUCAAGUAAUUCUACAUUAAAGAUUAGUAUCCCUCGGUCAAUCUUGGCAGAGGGAAUUAUGUUGUUACCUCGCCCCCAAUUACCUCCAGAUGGGAGGUACGGGCUUGUGCUACUGGAGAUCUGCACAGAAGCCAUCCAAUAGACCGAGAAGCACCUGCCCCUGGAGAUCUGCACGUGAAGGCGUCAAAUAGACCGAGAAGCACCUGCCAAACAUGUUGGAUGUUAUUGAUUGGGUUUGGAAUGUGCACUCUAAAUCAGAGCUCUUGGAUGAUGUUGAUUUAGAGCCUGAAUGGGGAGUAUGGCACAGAGCAGAUGAUGAGGUCUGCCUCUUCUAGGUUUGUUGUGAGGACUGUUGUAGGUAUACUGGAGGACAAGAAUGCUUGUUUGGAGAAAUAAGCCGCUGCUUGAUUUUGUUUUGAAUGCACCUAUUGAUCUUGUGGAGAUAGUUUCCGAGUGCAAUCAGAGUAGAGCUUCAGCAAGUAAUCUUUUUGAGCUGAAAAUUGGUAUAAACUUUAGCUAGGUGAGAGGCCCUUUUGGGUAUAUAAUUGUUGGCAA